AUGAGUACACGUGGACAAGUAUUUGGACGAUUAGUAUGGGCUCCUGACCUCGAGAAUGGCUUUAUACUCUGUAAACUUCGAGAUAUUGGCACGGAAACGAUGUCUGUUGAGCCACUUCAUGGUGGAUCAAUCAUCUCUGCUCAGUACGAUGAGAUUUUUCCAGCUGAGGAGGAUUUGAAAAAAGAUGUCGAAGACAACUGCGCAUUAAUGUAUUUAAACGAAGGCACUCUCCUCAACAAUUGUCGCUUACGUUAUGCUCGAAAACAAAUUUAUACAUAUGUUGCCAAUAUUUUAAUCUCAAUUAAUCCAUAUGAGCAAAUAUCCGAUUUGUACAGCAGUGCAACAAUUGAAAAAUAUCGUGGAAAAUCCAUUGGCACUUUACCGCCGCAUAUUUUCGCUAUCGGCAACAUUACAGCUGACAGUGCUUAUCGUGAUAUGAAACGAACUAGACAAAGUCAGUCAAUUAUUGUUUCUGGUGAAUCAGGAGCUGGUAAAACAGAAUCUCAAAAAUGCAUUCUGCGCUAUCUUUGUGAAUCAUGGGGUUCUACUGCUGGGCCAAUUGAACAACGAAUACUAGAAACGAAUCCUAUAUUGGAGGCAUUUGGUAAUGCAAAAACACUUCGCAACAAUAACAGCAGCCGAUUUGGCAAAUUCGUCGAAAUACAUUUCAAUUCUAAACAUUCUGUUGGUGGUGGCUUCAUUUCGCAUUAUUUGCUGGAAAAGUCACGAAUAUGUCGACAACUAGAAGAUGAACGUAAUUAUCACAUUUUUUAUCAAUUAAUAGCUGGUGCUGAUGAGCACAUGGCCAAACGUCUUCAUCUAAGACCUACUAACACUUUCAAAUAUCUCAAACAUGGAUGUACUCAAUUCUUUACUGGUCCUUCUACAGCUGGUAAAAUAUUAAAGGAUCGUCGAGAAGCACAGGUAGCUGAUUUGCAUGAUGAACUUGUGGACGACUUUGCUGAUUUCCAUCGGCUUUUAAAAGCUUUACAUAGUAUUGGCUUCAACACGCAAGAGCUCAAUGCUAUUUUUGAUGUUGUGGCUGCAGUACUGCAUCUCGGCGAUGUUCAUUUCGCUGAAAAUGUGGAAGAUACAAAAGAUGAAAAUUUAACAGGUGGAUGUAUCAUCGAACCUUGUAAUGAAGUUUCACUUCAAACUGCAGCAGUAUUACUUGGCUUAGACGAGUAUGAACUAAAAAACGGCCUGACUUCACGAGUUAUGCAACCAACAAAAGGAGGAGAUAAAGGUACCAUCAUCAGAGUACCACUGAAACCACAUGAAGCAUCUGCAGCUCGUGAUGCUCUUGCUAAAGACAUUUAUAGUAGACUAUUUGAUAGCAUCGUUGCGCGCAUCAACAAAUGCAUACCAUUUAGUAAUAGCAUAUCUUACAUCGGUGUUUUAGAUAUUGCCGGAUUCGAAUUCUUCAAAAUGAAUUCUUUCGAGCAAUUCUGUAUCAAUUACUGCAACGAAAAAUUACAAAAUUUUUUCAAUGAUCGAAUUUUAAAGCAAGAACAAGAGAUGUAUGCAAAAGAAGGACUUGGUGUUCCACACAUUGAUUACACUGAUAAUAAAGACUGCAUUGAUUUAUUUGAAAGGAAAAUUGAUGGUUUAUUAGAUCUUCUGGAUGAAGAAGCUCGACUACCAAGACCUUCACCUCAGCACUUUACCUCAGCUGCUCAUAAGCAACUUAAAGAUCACUUCCGUUUAACGACGCCACGUAAAUCAAAAUUACGCGAACAUCGAGAAAUUCGUGAUGAUGAAGGAUUGUUAAUACGACACUUUGCGGGUUCUGUUUGCUAUCAGACGUCUUUAUUCUUGCAAAAAAAUAAUGAUGCUUUACACACCUCAUUGGAAAUGCUAUUGGAAAGUAGCAAUUCUGCUUUCGUUCGGAAUUUGUUUGCGAUGGAUAAUGAGAAAUCGCAGAAAGAACUCCGUAAGAAGACAUUCUCCAAUAAAUUAGCUCAUGCAUCUGUGAGCAACAAAUUCCGAUCACAACUUGGUGAACUAAUCAAGAAACUUCAGUUAACGAAUACAAAUUUUGUUCGGUGCAUCAAACCAAAUUCAGAAAUGAAAUCAAAUAAAUUUGAAGGUGCAAUGAUAUUAAGUCAAUUAAAAUGUGCAGGUAUGGCAAGCGUAUUAAAACUUAUGCAACAAGGAUAUCCAUCCAGAACUUCAUUCGCAGAUUUGUAUAAAAUGUAUGAAAAAAUAUUGCCUUCUCGACUUGCUCGACUUGAUCCACGUCUAUUUUGCAAGUGCCUAUUUCACGCGCUUGGUCUUAAUGAUAAGGAUUUCAAAUUUGGUCAAACUAAAGUGUUUUUCAAACCUGGAAAGUUCGCUGAGUUCGAUCAGAUGCUUCGACAAGAUCCCACUCAUAUGGAACAUCUCGUAAAAAAAGUACAGUCAUGGUUGCUUCACGUACGAUGGAAAAAGGCACAGUACGGAGUUCUUUCAUGUAUUAAACUAAAGAAUAAGAUUCUUUGGCGGGCUGGAGAACUUAUAAAAAUUCAGAGUGCAUUACGUGGAUAUCUAACUCGAAAAAAUCAGCACCCAAGGUUAUUUUUCAGUAACAAAUUAGAUUGAUA